CAGAAAAUGGUUCCUCUGCCCUGGUUGUGAUAAGCCUCGUCGCCAUUCCCGACGAAUGAUGCUUAUUCGUUACUGGAUAAUUCGUUGCGAGUAAAAGGACGAUGAUUACUAUUUGUGGUCGGGUUGGUUCGUGGUACUUUGUCCUUAGGGAAUCGUCCAGCCAUUGCAAUCGCCCUUGUCUUGCAUGCGAAGGCAGGCGGCUGAAAUUCCAUGGAACCUACGAGUUCCGAGAUAUGUUACAUGGGCGUCGUAUUGCAGAGUUUAUUGCGAACUUCCCCGCUGGUUGAGGAUCUGUGUAUCGCCUUUGGAGAGUCAAACUAUGUCAUCUGAGCGAGAGGUUUAAAGUUGUGAGUGGAGAUGGGGGUGGCGAGGUUGUGUUGAAUUUCAAUAUGGAUUAUAUCCAGUUUGAAGAGUGCUUAGAAUUUUGAAUUUAAUGGGAGGUUUUUCUGUGUUGCACGGAGGAUGUAACAACCCCUUCUCAAUUACAGUUUUGAGUCAAGGUCGAUUGCGAUCACUGUUUGUGGAAGGUUUGCCAAGGUACGGGGGAAAAAGCGAGGUGGCUGGAUUGGCAGACUCUGCUUCAUUCGUCCUCAGGCGUUGAAGCUUUCGGAUUCGUAAACAUGGAACCAAUUCGACUUGAUCAUGGAUCUGGUUUUCAGGGGGCUCGGAAGUUGUUUGUGCAAGCACCGGCGCCAAGUCCUGUUGGAUCCGUAGAGACCGUAUGCCGAGACGUGAGGACGAAUACGGUGGUGAGCUGCCAUAACCCGCACACUCUGAUCAUCAUCAUGGCAGGAAUGUCGUGCAUGAUGUUCCUGAUCGCUGUGGCGCUGGUCCUCCUUUGCUGGUCAAUUGUCAAACAACGUCAAUAUGAUCGGCGUCAUCGGGAACCGGGUAGAGAGCUGCAGUCUAACCCUAGCAGACCGCACACAGCUAUUGAGGCUGGCCACGCCACCCUCGUGGAUUCCUCCGAAUAUGAUGACGCCGUCCUUGUACAUCUUCCGGGAGACGAGAAACCGCAGUUCUUCGCACUCCGGAAGCCAUUUCCGGUCGAAAGCGGUAAGGGCGAUGACAAAAAACUUGCGAACAGCGCUGGCGAUAGCAACAGCAGUGAUAAAGGAUCACCACAGGCACCGGGUUAGUACGGGACCUGAUCCAUUGCCUACCAUUGGCUUGUAAUGCAUCAGGAUUCGAUUCUCUUUGAGUCCAAUUUGAGGCCUAUAUCCGGGGCAGAUUAGACAUAUAGGUUGAGAUUAAUUUUCCGGCAAAUUCAAAAUUUUAGCUCAAGCAGGUGGUAGCUGGGCAGAUUUGUAAAUUAAUUUCUGUUGCAAUCAAUCAUGCGCAUGGUGAUUUAGGAGUGA